GCCACCUGUAGUUUCUAUGUUUGGGUAGCGCUGGAGGUUAAAGUAGUACCCACGGCAGCUACGUCAAGCUGUAUUUUUUUUAUAUUGCGUCCUACAACCACAACCACUACUACUACCAUAUAACAUAACCCCUAUGGACCAUCCUGUUGUACGACGGGAGUCCUCACCACACCCGCAAUGUGGCUCGCACAGGAGAAGAGGCGAUGUAUAAUCACCAUACUCUCGCCUGCGCUACUGAUAGCAAGCUAUGCACAAGGUCAACCAGACUCUAGCCUUUCCAUCACUCAAGAUGUCGCAAAACCCGCCUCGAGUACGGCGACGGCCGAGCCUACCUGCGAAUCGAGGACGGUGAACUACAUUACCCAUACAUUGCCUCAGCAGUGUCUCACGUCUGCGCCUUCGGCCUUUUCGACCCCGGGGACCGUUAGCGCCACCGUUACGUCUUCUGCUGCCGACUCAACUUCCAGCCUUAGUACCGGCGACGCCGAUCAUGAAGAGGAGCUCGACGCCGACGGCAACGACCUAAGCACCGGCGCUUUCAUGUCCUUCGAGGAAUGGAAGGCCAUGAUGCUCGAGAAAUCAGGCCAAGAAGCCUUGGAACCCAGACACCGCAAGACCAAAGAGACGCAUGGCGAUUAUCCGGGAGAUGACUUUGAUAGUCUAGGAGACGAAGGCGAGGUGUCGCUCGACUUCGACGCGUAUUCGGACAAGAUUUCCGAGCUCGCGUCGUCGACCAGGCCGUCGCAGAAGGAGAAGGAGAAGGAGAGACAGGUCGAGAAAGUGAGCUAUGACGAGGGGCUGGCCCAGAGCUACCGUAGUAAGGAUGCGGGGACGACGUGUAAGGAGAGGUUUUCAUACGCCUCAUUCGACGCUGGCGCGACAAUAAAAAAGGCGAACCCUGGAGCUAAGAACCCCAAGGCCAUCCUAGUCGAGAACAAAGACUCGUACAUGCUCCUCGAGUGUGCUAUGAAGAACAAAUUCGUCAUCGUCGAGCUGAGCGACGACAUCCUAGUCGACACUGUUGUCAUAGCUAACUUCGAGUUCUUUUCGAGUAUGAUACGCCACUUCCGAGUUAGUGUGAGCGAUCGCUAUCCCGUCAAGGAGGAGAAAUGGAAGGUAUUAGGCACUUUCCAAGCCCGUAAUUCCAGAAAUAUCCAGCCUUUUCUAGUCGAGAACCCCCAAAUCUGGGCCAAGUAUCUACGGAUCGAGAUCCUGACCCAUUAUGGUAACGAGUAUUAUUGUCCCGUAUCCUUGCUACGAGUUCAUGGCACGCGCAUGCUCGACUCGUGGAAAGAAGCCGAUCCUGCCGAUCUUGAAGUUGAGGAUGACAGCAGCAAGACCGUAUCUGAAGCUGCUGAGGAAACUGUUGUGGUGACCGAAGUUGAGCCUGAAGAAGUCGAGGUGGCUGAACCUCCCCGGUCCGAGAGCCAGGUGGUAAACUUAGAGCAGAGUGUUUUCAUUCCUUACUGGGACAAGUCAUAUUUCUACCACCAAUACCCCUUUGACAUGACGUGCGCCGACUCUGAUGAGAAAGAGUUUACGUCCAAUAACAAGGAGGAGCACUCUCAAAACACAACCGCGGGUGAACCCCAAUCUACAGAGCCCACAGAAACGACGUCUUCAGUCAAUGCAGGUACAUCUUCGUCUGGAGCCUCGACGACGCAGUCUACUAGCCAGACCAUCACCGAUUCAGGGAGAACAACCUCUCCUAACGAUUCUGGGGAGACGUCAGCAAGCACGACCACCACUGAAAGUUCAUCAGAGACCGUGUCGAGCACGACGUCCACCCAGGAUACGAGACCAGCUACUGCCACCACUCCAGAGACACCCACCACCAUCACACCCCCAAGCCUCGCAAAGACAGCCAGCGCGCAAUCGUCCCCUAAGAGCCGGACACCCGCUUCCACGUCUCUGAAACCGCCUUCCUCGCGGUCCGUCACCGUGUCCAAGGGCCAGCCCUCCGGCUCCGCCACGGCGCCGCGCAACAAGACCGGCACGGCCACGACGUCGUCGCCCGCCUCGGCGCCCACGAUCCAGGACUCGUUCUUCAAGGCGCUUAACAAGCGCAUCCAGGCGCUCGAGUCCAACACGACGCUAUCGCUGCAGUACAUCGAGUCGCAGUCGCGCUUCCUGCAGGAGGCGCUCGCGCGCCUCGAGCGGCGCCAGGUCGCCAAGGUCGACCUCUUCCUCGACACCCUCAACAAGACCGUGCUCGGCGAGCUGCGCGAGGCCCGCACCCAGUACGACCAGAUCUGGCAGUCGACCGUCAUCGCGCUCGAGACCCAGCGCGAGCAGUCCGAGCGCGAGAUCGUCGCCCUGUCCUCGCGCCUCGGCGUCCUCGCCGACGAGGUCGUCUUCCAGAAGCGCAUGGCCAUCGUCCAGUCCGUCCUGCUCCUCGGCUGCCUCGUCCUCGUCAUCUUCUCCCGCGGCGGCAUCGCCUCCGUCGCCGCGGACGCCUACUACCCCAGCGAGCGCUUCCUCGGCGCCGUCUCCCCCUCCCGCCUCGUCGCCUCCUCCCCGCUCUUCCCCUCUCCGCCUCAGCCUCAGCGUGGGUCACAACAACAUACUCACCACCACCACCGUCCCAGCCCCGACCUCCCCCUCCUCUCCGUAGAGGAAGCGAGCCCCGAGGUCCGCCCGCGCCGCAGCCCGAGCCAGAGCCAGGCUACCGAAUCCUCUUCGCACUCGCCAUCCUCGCUGCGCCACCGGCCCAGGAGGAACUCGCGCGCCACGUCGACCGAGUCGACGAGCCGCCACCGCCGGCCCUCGACCGAGUCCGCGCCCGCGCCCCCCGCGGGCUUCUUCCGCGCCGCCACCCCGUCGAGCGUCGUCGACAUGGGGGGCUACGACUCCGAGCCCGCUAUGACGACUCCCGGUAGAGGGGGCGACGAGAAUCAUCACGGCAGGGGCGGGGACGGGAAUGGUAAUGGGAAUGGGGACUACUACGCGACGAGCGGCGAUGACUCUGCGGCCGGGAAGGGUGGCGUAGGCCCGUCUUAUUCCGAGGUGCUGGCUAGGAAGUCGGAGAGGCAGCUCACGCCCUCCUCGGACGUCGACGGCGCAGAGUAUAUCCCCAUAUCGAGCAGGCCGCCCCUGACGCACAGCACUUCGGCGCGGAAGCCUCUGCCUGCUUUGCCAGAGGAUCCUGAUUAGAAUAUGUAUAUCCACCUAUGUACGUAGUCUGUGUAAAUCCUACUUUAUAGCUACGAAUAAUGAGACCAUGAAAAAAGAAAAAAAAAAGGCACGCUUAUCGUCAG